UCCAGUAAUAGGAAUGCAAUUUUUAAAAACCAAAAGUCAGAUUCAUUCGUUUUUCAAAUCUUCACUGAGUUUUGAGGAAGCAAGGAACCCCCCAGGGAAAGCAAUGCCAAAGGGACGAAUAUUCGUUCACUCCCCCGACUUCGCACAGGUUACUCCUGACGCGGUUUGCUCAUACUUCGACGUUUCAGGAUGGGCACGAGAGAGUAGUUGCCACUCUGUGGAGAACGACAGAACAUGGACCUGCGUCUUUCCGUCUUAUUUCUUCUUUUCCCGUCCGUCAUGUGCAUGUGGGGCUUCAUGACCAUUUCAGACUUUCAAUGUCCAGGGAUCUGUAUGUGCUCUCCCAAGACGAUCAGAUGCAACCGUGUGACUGAACUAUCCCUGCCAAUAGCUCAAAGAGACUCAUACAGGCGACUGACCCUCACUCAUCUGUCCCUGAAGCACAUCGCCGGCCGUGCCUUUGAGGAACUGGGCGGGGUCUUGAGCAUCGAAAUCACGCAGAGUGCCUCCCUGGAGAUCAUAGAAGCCCUGGCGUUCAACAACCUCACCAAUCUCUCUGAAAUCUUGAUCCAGAACACCAUGCGGUUGGCACACAUCAGUCGGAAGGCAUUCAACAACCUCCCGAAGCUACAAUACCUGAGCAUCUCCAACACUGGAAUCAGCCUGUUUCCUGACCUGUCGGCUAUUUCUUCACUGCAGUCUAAUUUCAUCCUUGAUAUCUGUGAUAAUCUAAACCUUCAAUCAAUUCCAUCAAAUGCAUUCAUUGGGAUGACCAAGGAGCAUACAGACAUGAACCUCUAUAACAAUGGUUUCAAAGAAGUACAGGAUCAUGCCUUCAAUGGAACAAGGAUCAAUAAGCUGGUUUUAAAAAAUAACAAAAAGCUGAAAAUGAUCCACAGCGAUGCCUUUAAAGGUGCUUUUGGACCGAGUACACUAGACGUUUCCGCCACGGCGGUGGAGGCCCUGCCGGAGCGGGGCCUGGAGGCGGUGCUGGUGCUGGUGGCCCGGGGCGCCUACGCCCUGAAGAGCCUCCCGCCGCUGACGGGGCUGCAGAGCCUGCAGGAGGCCCAGCUGACCUACCCCAGCCACUGCUGCUCCCUCAGAGAAGCUGAUGUCUUUGCUGAGUGGAGUAACAGAUCAGCAUUCUGCAACGACGUCAGUCUGCUAGAACGGAUGCUGGCCCUGAGCGUGGACCUUCCCCUCGCGCCCGGUUCCGUGGACCCAAGCCCAGAGGUCUACAGCGGCAUAGACCUCCAUUAUCCGGAGUUUGAUUUCUGCCACUCCAGGAGGGCCCCCCGGUGCGCGCCCGAGGCAGACGCGUUCAACCCCUGCGAGGACAUCGUGGGCUUCGGUUUCCUGCGCGUGGCCAUCUGGGUCAUCAGCACGCUGGCCAUCGCGGGCAACCUGACCGUGCUGGCGGUGCUCGUCGCCAGCCGGCGGAAGCUGAACGUGCCGCGCUUCCUCAUGUGCCACCUGGCCUUCGCCGACCUCUGCAUCGGGGUCUACCUGCUCACGAUCGCCGCCGUCGACCUGCGGACCCGGGGCGACUACAGCCGGCACGCCAUCGCCUGGCAGACGGGGGGCGGGUGCGGGGCGGCGGGCUUCCUGUCCGUGUUCGGCGGCGAGCUGUCCGUCUACACCCUGACCGUGGUCACCCUGGAGCGCUGGCACACCAUCACCAACGCGCUGCGGCGCGACAGGAAGCUGGGCCUGGCCCGCGCGGCGGUCGUCAUGGCGACCGGCUGGCUGCUCUGCCUGUCCGUGGCGCUGCUCCCCCUGCUGGGUGUCAGCAGCUACGGCAAGGUGAGCGUGUGCCUGCCCGUCGACAUCGACACGCCCUUCGCCCAGACCUUCGUCGUCCUCCUCCUCCUCCUCAACGUCGCGGCCUUCUGCGUGGUCUCUGCCUGCUACGUGGCCGUCUACCGGGCGGUGAGGAAGCCGGGGUUCGUGGGCGGCAGGAGCUCCGACGCCCGGAUGGCCAAGCGCAUGGCGGUGCUGGUCUUCACCGACUUCGUCUGCAUGGCGCCCAUCUCCUUCUUCGCCAUCUCCGCCGCCUUCAGGACGCCGCUCAUCACUGUCACCAGCUCCAAGAUCCUGCUGGUGCUCUUUUUCCCCGUCAACUCCUGCGCCAACCCCUUCCUGUACGCCAUUUUCACCAGGGCCUUCCGGCGGGACGUCUGCGCUCUCCUGGGGAGGCUGGGGUGCCACAAGGGCGGGUACCGGACGGGGGCAUCCUCCUCCGAAAACAAAGUGGGAAAGUGUAGCAGCUCCGUGGCGAAUAACGGGAUCUCCUGCACCACCCUGAAAAUGUGUACUAUGACACGGCAGGACCGACGCAUCAGAGAAAGGAUCGCAUUCCUUCGUCUUAAGAAUCGUAACUUUCAACUGAAGGGUAUUAUUUACGAAGGGAGUUAUAGGUGGUCUAUUGGAAGUAAAUUGUAUAUGCAAACCGCUAUGUCACAUACGGAUAUCAAAAGAAGAUCCUGGAUAAUUAACAUUGUCGUUCUCGUGGCAUUAAUUGUCUGCAAAUUAUCAACAGGUCGGACAGCGGAGGAGCAUGAUGGGAGCCUGCGCUCAGGGCACUUGCCGUCCAGACGGGACGUCCGAUCCCUCAGACCCACAGACCUCCUUCCCCUUGCUGUCCCGACCACUGACCCCGCCCCCGUGGAGCCCCCCAUCGCCUCGGGACGGGCACCCAAGGUGCACCUGACUCAGGAGGACAUCCGGAGGCUCCAGUUCAAACCCACGGUGGGCCGGAUCCUGCUGUCGGAGGGCAUGGAGGUCAAGGUCAACUGCUCCAUCGACAUCCACAACGUCCAGCUGGACCUGGCCAUACUGUGGUGGAAGAACGGCAGGGAGCUGGCGCAGAACCAGCAGGCGGUCAACGACCUGCAGACUGAGAGCCAAGGGGUGAUCACUCUGCUGUCCACUCUCAGCAUUAAGAGAGUUCAGCGCAGUGAUGCUGGGGAGUACCACUGCAGGCUGAAUGUUGGCAACACAGUGAUCGAGUCUCAGCCCAUUCACAUCCAGGUCGAAGGCCUCCCAACGUUCACCAGGCACCCCGAGGACAUGAACGUCACGCGCGGCACCCCCUUCAACCUGUCCUGCUCAGCGAUUGGUCCCCCUGACCCUGUCACCAUCGCAUGGCUGCGCAAUGGGAAGCACCAGGGGUCCGACGGCCCCUCCCCCUAUGACAUCACUAUACCAGGUGUGGACAGCCCCACCCACUUCAGCUGUGAGGCUCGCAAUCAGAAGGGCGUCACCACCUCCAGGGAAGCGCGCAUCAACGUCAAAGAGCUUCCGUCUCCAGUCUCCCAGCUGCUUGUGCAAUCCAGGGCCUCCAAUAAUCUCACCCUGCAGUGGACCCCUGGCCGUGAUGGAUUCUCCCCCCUCACCACCUGCCACGUCAUGGUGAAGGAGAUGGCACCAAGAGAGGGCGAGGCUACGCGUGUCAUUGACACCUCGGUCCCGCCCUUCCGAUUGGACAUCGCAGACCUGCGGGCCAUGACCUGGUACAGCAUGAGCGUGUCCUGCAGCAACGAGAUUGGCCCAUCCCCGUACAGCACCUGGGUGCAGGCCAAUACCACAGAAGGAGUGCCCUCAGUACCCCCCCACAACCUGACUGUUCAGCUGAACGAAUCGGUGCUGGUGGUCCGCUGGGAUGCCCCCCCUGUGGAGAAGGUGAACGGAAUCCUGCAGGGCUAUGAUGUCAUCAUUAGCCGGGGAAAACACGUCAGCACGAUUCGCAGUGACACAAACGCGGCCUACAUCACGGUACAGGAGUUCAACGCUACGUACGCGGUCCAGGUGGCGGCCCGCACUCAGAAGGGCCGAGGGGCGCUCAGCCUGCCCGUGGCCUAUUUUGUACCUGAGGCCGACCUGGCCCUGUCCCCGUCCUCCAGCCCCGACACCAGGGACUCUGACUCCAUGUACGUUGUGCUGGGGGUGGUGUGCGGUUUCUGUCUGCUUCUGCUUGCCCUGUGGGGAGCCAUGUGUGUGCGUGCCAGGGUCCUGGAGACGCGCUUUGGGCAGGUGUUUGGAAGUGGAGAGCACAUUAACCCUGUUGUCGAGUACAAAGCUCAGAGGUCCUACAACCGAUCUGCUAUUGAAGUCACACUUGCUAAUCUGGGAGUUAGCGCAGAGCUUCAGGCCAAGCUUCAGGAUGUGAUGGUUGUCAGGUCUCUGCUGUCCAUUGGGAAGGUCCUGGGGGAAGGUGAAUUUGGCUCAGUUGUGGAGGGUCGCCUAAAGAAACCAGAUGGAACGAUGGAGAAGGUUGCAGUGAAAACCAUGAAAUUGGACAACUUUUCCCAGCGGGAGACUGAGGAGUUUCUGAAUGAAGCUGCAUGCAUGAAGGACUUCCACCACCCAAACGUUAUCAGACUCCUAGGUGUGUGUUUGGAGAUGGGCUCCAGUCAUUUUGCCAAGCCUAUGGUCAUUCUUCCCUUCAUGAAGUAUGGAGACCUCCACAGCUUCCUGCUUCGCUCCCGUCUCGAGGAGAGCCCUAUGUACCUGCCAACGCAGACUCUCCUCAAGUUCAUGAUUGACAUUGCUCUGGGUAUGGAGUACCUCAGCAGCAGAAACUUCCUGCACAGGGACCUGGCUGCCCGCAACUGCAUGCUGAGGGACGAUAUGGCGGUCUGCGUGGCAGAUUUCGGCCUGUCUAAGAAGAUCUACAGCGGGGAUUACUACAGGCAGGGCCGAAUCGCCAAGAUGCCAGUGAAAUGGAUCGCAGUGGAGAGCCUGGCUGACCGGGUUUUCACUGUCAAAAGUGACGUGUGGGCGUUCGGUGUGACCAUGUGGGAGAUAGCGACAAGAGGGAUGACGCCGUACCCUGGCGUUCAAAACCAUGAGAUUUACGACUACCUCCUGGACGGUCAAAGACUGAAGCAGCCAGCAGACUGCCUGGACGAGCUGUAUGAGAUCAUGUACACUUGCUGGAGGGCCGAUCCAGUGGACCGACCCUUCUUCCCCCAGCUGCGGGUUCAACUGGAGAAGUUGACAGAGAAGCUUCCAGAAGCAUCCAGCAGAGAGGACAUCAUCUAUAUCAACACCAGUCUUCCAGAGGAGGAGCCAGAGGGAGAGGCGGAGCCAGGCCCAGGCCUGCCAGUCUUUACCUCCUCCCCUUCUUGCAGCCGCCCCAUGCCUGGUACCUGCCUUGUCACAGCUGAUAUCCACGAGAGCAUAGAAGAGGAGGCGGAUGAGGAAGACGACCGCUACGUCAUUGUCAUCUCCUCUGAGGACCCCGCUGUGAGAGGUGUGGGAGAUGUGGACACACCUCUCCUGACAACUGAUGGACAGGCCACGCCAGCCAAUGGCAGCCAAGCUAGUCAUAGCCUACGUACAGAACAGCCCCCCAGUCACUCUCUGCUCCUGCUAUGAGAAAGCAGGCCCACCAUGUCUGGGGGUAGAAACUAAAACAAAAGGGGAAUAAAUUCCUUUCAUUUCUUUUGAAAGUGUACCAUCAACCCCCCAUUCCUACUCCAACUUGUUGUAUACUGGUUACAUGACCUGCCCAGGUGAAUUUCCUGCAGAUAGGCUGGUGUUUCUGAAGAUGAUAGAGCAAUGUCCCUACUGCUGAAUCUUUCUAGUUUGGAAUUGGUAAUACUUACCGUGCCACAGAAACAAAAACUGCCGUCAGAUUGCAAUCCAUGUACAUUCUGAGAUGUUGAUAUCUGGCCUGAAGUUUUACCAUAAGUCAGUAUGUAAAAGUGGCUAAAGCUGUGAAUAGCAAACCAUUUAUUAUUAUUAUUUUUUUAUUUUACUUUUUUGAAGGGGGGCACAAAAUUCAACAGUAUUUUACUAUUGCUGAAGGUCCUCUGUGAAUCUGUAUUAUGUGGCAGCCCUGUUCUAAUCCCUAAGCAAUAUGAGCAUGCACAGUUUAUACCAAGAUACCUUGGUGACAUAAUUUAAUGUUUUUAUACUGAAGGAUUUAUUAAAGAAAGCAAGGAUAUGAACUUCUGAACUUCUUUAAAUCAUAUAUGUAUGUACAUUAUGAAUGUGUGCUGUACAUUCUGCCUUAAUAAGAUUUAUCAAAAGAGCUUUAUCCCAGCUAGCUAAAUACCAUAGCUAAUACACUUUUUCAGGCUCGACAAAAGACCAGUUUAAGGUGGAUGAUAGUCAAAUCUGGAUGGGACACUGACAAUAUACCUUCGGGCAGGGACUUCAUCUCAAGUUGCUCGGUGACAAAAAUCAAGCAAAGUAGAUUUAUCUCUGAAUAUAUGCCAUAUAUGUAGCAUCGUAAACUAAAUAAAAGUGUUGCCUUGAUAUGGGUUGCCUACAAAGAAAAUGUAGUCCUUGUAACUGAAUGGAAUUCUGAACUGUUAUUGCAUCGUUAAAUUGCACUUUGUUGUACAGAUGUACUUGAUGAUUUGUACUUGAAUAUAUUGUUGGCAGUGUGCAUUUGGCAGUGAAGAAUUUUGAAUUGUCAGCACAAUAAAGAUGUAUAUGUUGUA